GUACGCAGAACACUGCUGAAAUCUAAGUCAGUAGGGUCAUGCAAAUGCUGUCAAUAAAUAAAAGGGGAUUGUGUGUGUAAUGUGUAGUGCAGUGUGUCGUAGACUAAAUGUCGUCCACGGAUUUUUGUAGUUUGUGGUAAAGCAAUACUCAGUACCCAAUUCAUUAAAUGGGAACUAGAGAUCUAGAUUUCGGAUCUUUACUAAGGCUGAGAUUAAAUUAAAAACACUGACAGUUGUUUUAUUAUGGAAGAUGUAGAAAGUCAGGAUGAGGAAACACAUUUAUUAAUCCAACCAAAAGAUCUACCAAAUGGCCAUAAAAAAAAUGGAACAAUCUCCCACAGACAAGUGUCAGUUACUGAUGGACCUGUCAAUCUCACAUACACUUCCUUUGUUGACUUUACUACCUCCUCAAACAAAAGUCUGGAGCAGAAGUUUAGACUCUUUAGGCUGUCCUACAAGAAAAAAAUGGUUGUGGGCCUCUUGAUUUUGUCCAUGUUUUCCAGUGGGUGUGGCUUCUCCCUGAUGGCACCAUUUUUUCCUCAAGAGGCAGAAAAGAAAGGUGUCUCUAACACAGUCACAGGUUUCAUCUUCAGUUCAUUCGAGUUCAUGAUCUUCAUUUCAUCUCCAUUCUUUGGUAACUAUCUGACCAGGAUUGGACCCAAGUUUAUGCUAGUGUCUGGUCUGUUGGUUGCUGGAAGCUGCUCCAUCUUGUUUGGCACCUUAGACCGAUGCCCACCUGGAUUACCUUUCAUCGUUGUUUGUUUUGCUUGUCGUUGUGUCGAGGCUCUGGCUGCGUCAGCUUUUAUGACAUCGGGUUUUGCAAUCAUCUCCAAUGAGUUCCCUCAAAAUGUUGCCACUGUUUUUGCGUUGCUUGAGAUGGCUGAUGGGAUAGGUCUCAUGACAGGCCCUGCUCUGGGAGGUUUUUUAUACCAGGUAGGAGGAUAUGGGUUGCCUUUCUUUGUUGUUGGAACUCUUAUUAUACUCACUGGGAUUGGUAUAUUCAUGUUUCUUCCUAAACCACAAGAACUGGAGAAAGAAAGAAAAACAAGUUUCCUGUCUUUGUUGAAGAGUCCAAUGGUCUGGUUCACUGGACAGAGCAUCAUGAUGUGUUCUCUGGGCAUUCUUUUCCUUGACCCCACACUGGCCAAACACUUGGAGCAGUUUAAUUUAUCAACAGGUAUUAUUGGGCUAAUAUUUUUUAUAACACCAUGUCUGUAUGCAAUAACCUCGCCAAUAUGGGGAUACAUUAGUGAUUCUAAGAAUAUCAAUGGUUCAUUGAUCACACUGGGCAACUUGAUGUGUGGGAUUGGUCUCAUUAUUGUUGGACCCAGCCCUUACCUCCCCUUUCUACCUAGUGAAUUGUGGGUAAUUAUCAUAGGCCUCGUAAUAUUAGGAAUGUUCUAUGCCUUGGCUAUUGUUCCUGCACUGAACUGUUUGCUGAUUGGUGCAGUGGAAGUUGGUUUUGAAAACAAUAUUGACACAUAUGGUGUUGUUGUUGGUUUGUUCAAUUCAAUCUUUUGCCUUGGUUCCUUCAUUGGUCCCAUGCUUGGUGGUGUUCUGAUUGAGGAAAUGGGCUUUCGUUAUGGUGCUACGCUAAUUAGUGGUAUUUAUUUUUUUGUGAUGGUUUGUUGCGGUGGAUUUUUCCUGUGUCGACAUUUCAAGGCAAGGUCAUGUGGGACAUUUAUUUAUGAAAUGUUGAACACAGAUGACGAAUGUGUCAACAGUGACUACCUAACCAUGUCUCAAGUAUGAUGUCCACUUAGGUUGGAGAGGAUUAAAGUAAAGCUGCAUUGUGGACAGUGGAACAAUGUUGUCGAAUGGUAGAACAUAUGACUGCAAACCUGAAAGUUUAAAGUUCGAAUUCCGGUUCAAGUCUGUAAAUGUCGCUUAGCCCACCUAGCUCUAAUGGGUACCUAACUCAUGUUAGGGAAAGUAAAGGCAGCUGGACAUAGAGCUGACUACACUAUCCCUUCAUAUUCCAAGGUCACAGAAACAGGUGGGCUCUACUUCACCUGCCCAUUGACCAUUAAGUUUGAAAUGGAACAUUACUUUUUCAUUGAGGACAAGUCUUUCGUGCAGAUCUAUCAACAGUGAAGGAUUUGGUGUAUAUUUUUACUCUAU